GCUCCUGCCGAAAUGUAAUGAGAGUGGCGGCUCAUCGGGUUACUUACCACUUGCGUUGAUUAUGCAGUAUCACAUUGUUGUCGCUGUGGCAAUUUGUUCUGCAGUAUUUGUGGACUCGAGAAAGAUAAGAGGAAUAUCUCUUGCGUAUAGGAAAUUUUACAAAGAGAAGAAGACCUUCCUUUGCCUGGACGGCUCAAAGAUAAUCCCAUUCGACCAAGUGAAUGACGACUAUUGUGAUUGUCUGGAUGGCUCUGAUGAACCAGGCACGGCAGCGUGUUUGAAUGGGAGGUUCUACUGCACCAACCUGGGCUUCCGGCCAUGCUACAUCCAGUCCUCCCGUGUCAAUGACGGGAUUUGUGAUUGCUGUGACGGCUCAGACGAGCACGACAAGCGCACACGCUGCCCAAACACCUGCAGGAAUCUAGGUCAGCAGGAGCGAGCGGCGCUGGAGGCCGAGAUGAGGGCCGUGGAUGAUGGGAUGCAUCUGAAGCGUCAGCUGAUCAAGGAGGGCGUUAGCAUGUGGCAGGAGAAGCAGAACCAGCUGAAGGACCUUCAGAGGAUUCUCUCUGGGCUUCAGACCAAGUUGGAGGCUCACAGGAAGAGGAAGCUGGAAGCUGAUGCCCAUCAGGCCAAGGUGAUGGGGGUCCUGAAAUCACCCGGGGAUGGUGCGGGGGGGAAGACUGCAGCCAGGAUAUUCGGACAGCUGGACAUCAAUAAGGACGGCAGCCUGACGGUUGAUGAAGUCCAGGCUGGGGUGGUUAACCUGCAGGAUGAUCGAAGCCUGACUGAAGAAGAAGUCACGGCCUUGCUUGGAGGACCCGGCCCGGCUGAUCUCUUCAGGUUCCAGCAGACCCUCUGGAGGAGUCUCCAGGCUGCCAAAAAGGUGAAGAUCAAAGCCGAUCUGAGGGGUGACCUCGGCCCGCCCAAUGAAGGCCCUGCUACCAGGGCCGCUCCGAGUGCUGCCAGACAGGGCGAAGCAAACCUGAAGGAGAUGGAGGAGGCCUUGGAGACCACGAGAGCAGAGAUCGGGAACCUGGAGAAGGUGCUCUCCACAGACUAUGGCUCCAGCAGAGAGUUCCUCUAUCUGCAGGGACAGUGUUUCCAGCUGGUGGUCUACGAGUACACCUACUCGCUGUGUCCAUUCAGUCACGUGACCCAGAAGAGCUCCACAGGGGCUGAGGUUUCAUUAGGGAAGUGGCGAUACUGGGCAGGGCCUCAGGAACACCCUUAUAGCAGGAUGGAGUUUGAAGAUGGGGCACCGUGCUGGCAGGGCCCCCCCCGCACAACGCUGGUCACGCUGACGUGCGGGACAGAGACGGCUCUGAAGCGGGUGCGGGAGCCGACCAAAUGCCAGUACAUCAUGGAGCUGUGGACCCCCAGCGCGUGUGAGCAGCAGCGGGAGGCGCGUAGGCGGGGGGUGCACAGUGAGCUCUAACUGUGGGCUGCUUCCUGACCACCCCCCGGUUAUAAAACCCACCGCCUUAAAGGUGCCUUAUUCUGGACUGAAAAUUCCAUGAGUUCAUCAGGUCCCCUCUGCCUCUAAAAUGAGGUGAUAGUGUGCUUCCCUAUUUAGCUGUUUGACGACAUCCUCAGACAGACCCCCUUCUCGCUGUUUGCUCCUCCAGCGCCCUAACCCCUCUCCUAACCCCUCUCCUAACCCCCUACAUCUCCAUGGGAUGUUCAGGGCAGGAGUGAAGGACCAGCACUCGCUGACACUGAAGUCGCUGGCAAAACUAGCGUGACGAGCCGUUCCAGAACAUUCAACCAAGCAUCUAGGCCAUAUUGCUUCCUUUCAGGUGUGAAGGAUCAUUGAAUUUCAUCGAAUCACCCUGGAUCUCACCCCUUUCAGCUGUGCAGAAACCUUGACGAUACGAUCUAUUUUUGUAGAUAUAUAUUUGAUGUUGAUUCUAAAUGUGGUUGUUUUAGCAGAUUGGCUUGUACUCAAGACAGCAGUAAUGCAGCUCAGCUAAACUCAGACCUGCCAUGAACAAAUGAAUUUAAUCAAAUCAGUGUGGGUAUAUUAUGGGUGGUUUUUACAGCCUGCCUUUUCAUAUUCAAGCUCUAAGCCCCUUACUUAGUUUUUCUUGGACGGUUUUCAAACACACUCUGUCCAGCCUUUCGAUACUGGUUGACUGCAGCAUCAUCAGUCCACACUGAUGGGUGUUUUGCACCUGAUUUUCAGUUUAAUACUGUUAAGUUAAAUGGUCGAGGUUAAUCACUUGCUGCUUGAACGCAGUUUUUUUUUUUUUUUUUUUUUGGUGUUGAUUAUAGAGUGUGAAGUGAUUUAAUAAAAAUGUAUCAACACUUAACUUUGCAAACCAUUAAAACAAACAUGCUUCCUAGCCAAGCCGGCUGGAUUUUUUUUCGCUGCUCCGCUAUGAUUCCUGCAUCUGUAGGUGCGCGUGCCGUGCGAGACGUGAAGCGCCGGUGUGCGCAGGUGUAGCUUUCGCGGCGCCAGGGAUAUGCCCCCCGUUCCUCCUCUGGGUUUUUGGCAUCUGAAACAGCGGACAGCGCUAACACUGCAGAUCGGACAGGCUAAUGGGCUCACACUCAGCAGCUAAAGCGCUUUAGGCAGCUGCUUAGGAGGAAUAGAGGAGAGGAGAGAUUAUUACCCUCGUCGUCCUUUUUGUGGGAGUUUACAUAAAUGCUGAAAUCCCCUGGGCACCAUUGCAGGCACUUCCUGUCAUAUUAAAUGUAAAGGGUGUCUUGCUAGCCCCUAUUUUUAAGUUAAGCUCUGCUUUCCAUUGUCUCUCCCCCCCCCCCUCAAAUGGCUGCAUUUGAGGCUUUUUUGCUGUUAACCCCACCCCUCCAGAAAGGAUGGGACUGAAGCCCGGAGCAGAGCCCCCCCCCCCUGGAGGUAGGCGUGGGCGACAACGCACGCGUGUCGAGUCACAAUAGCCGAACAGAGCUGGUGAAUCUGGUUUCCUGAGUCAGCGUUGGGAGAGGGGGAGAGGGAGAGAGAGAGAGAGAGAGAGAGCACUUUCCCAAUGAAGAUGGCAGCCCUAUCGCUGGUCUCUGCCUACCCUCUGAGGAGCAUGUUAGCUUUUCUGGGCAGAAAAAGCCUCUUUACCUUUACAAACAUCCACCUUCCUAUUGGAUUACGUGACAUUAAACCUGUUUUAUGCUAAA